UAUGAUCAUCAUAGAAUUUGGAUUGAUGGAAAAUAAUUGGAAGGAAGUAGAAUUGUUAUUUAAGACAAAAAUAUUUAGAGGGGAUCAAUAUUAUUAUUAAAAUCUUUUUUUAUUCUAUGCCAAAUCAUAUUCAUUUAUUAAAUGCAAAUUUUAACUUGAUAUUAUGAAAACUUAGAAUUUAUAAAUGAAUACUUCAGGAUAAGGCACUUCUUAUUUUAAAUCUACUUCUUAUAAACCCCUUUAGAAAUGAUAUUAAAGAUUUAAUUAAAAGUAAUUACCAGAUAUUCUAAUUAAUCUAAAUUAACAUGAAAAAAAUUAUUAUGAAAUUUUCAAAUGUUUUUCUUAGAGAAAAGGAACUUAGGAAUUCUAAAUAUCAAAUCCUUUAUUCUCUAUUAGUGAGGAGGAGGAAGAAUAAUAAUAGGUG